AGGAAAGCGUGAGGUAGAAAGAUGUCCGUUGGCUCAGCCUGGAAACCUCUCUUCAGACAGUCGGAUGAGUUCCGUUCUCAAAGAUGAUGCCUGCUCCACCAUGGCCAACCAUUCUUCUCUGGUGAGCGAGUUCAUCUUUGAUGGUUUCUCUGGAUUGCCUGACUUGCAAACAUUCCUCUUUGUGGUGGUGCUCUCCAUGUACACCGUGUCACUUGCUGGGAAUACUACCAUCACCGCUGUGAUCAAGUUAAACCCGGUCCUUCAUACACCCAUGUACUUUUUCUUGACGAACUUGUCUCUGUUGGAAAUAUGCUACACAACAGCCAUUGUUCCCAAAAUGCUAGUGAGCCUGGUGUCUGAAAACAGAAAGAUCUCUCUCUGGGGUUGUGCCACGCAGAUGUAUUUCUUCACUCUUUUUGGCAUCACAGAAUGCUGCCUUCUUGCAGCUAUGGCCUAUGACCGCUAUGUGGCCAUCUGUAACCCACUGCGGUACACUGUCAUAAUGAAUCGGGGGGUCUGUGCCCAACUCUCAGUGGCCUCGUGGUCAGUAGGGGUGAUAGUAGGACUAGGCCAAACCAACUAUGUCUUUAGCCUGACCUACUGUGGGCCAAAUAGGAUUAAGCACUUCUUCUGUGAUAUUCCUCCGCUCUUGACUUUAGCUUGUGGAGAUACUUCAAUGAACGUCAUUGCUGUAUAUAUGGUGGCUGUUCUUUUCAUCACCACGCCUUUCCUUCUCAUCCUCACAUCCUACAUAUACAUCAUCACCUCUAUUUUGAAGAUGCCUUCAGCUGAGGGCAGGCGUAAAGCUUUCUCCACAUGCUCCUCACACCUCAUUGUGGUCUCCUUAUUCUAUGGUUCAGGCAUCAUCACAUAUCUUAGGCCCAAAUCCAGCUAUUCCACAGAAGGUGACAAGCUGCUGGCCCUCUUCUAUACAGUUGUGACAUCCAUGUUGAACCCCAUCAUCUACAGUCUGAGGAACAAGGAAGUCAAAGAGGCCCUGAAGAGAAUGAUCAAUGGUGGACUGUGCUCUGGACAGAUCAAGUGAUUCUCAAAGGAUCCAGUGAAUGUAGCUGAAAACUAGGAAGUCUCUCACUUCAGUUUUGAUGUUUAGGGUGCUGUCUGUGUAAAUCAUCUUUGAGUAAAUUAUUGCAUGAAAGAAAAGUUAUUUGCAUUUUCAUAAUAUAUACACUGUAAACAUUCUAACAAAAUUAGCUACUAGCUCUUGCCAAAGAUCAUAACUUGGAGAAGUUCAUUGUUGCAACGAUUCUCAGACAACUGUAGGAUUAGGAAUCUCUCUUGUAUGGUCCAUAAGGAGCCAAUGACUUUGUAUUAGAACACCGA